UGAUAAAUUAAUAUGAGAUGAUGAUGAUGGUGGUGUUACGAAUUUAUGGUGUCAGCAAGUUAUGGAGAACAAUGCAAAAAAAAAAUAAAUAAUAACUUGUGGGGGAUUUUUUAAAUUUCAUUAUAACAUGAUCUUAAUGAUGUUGAUCAUGCACACAUGAUGGGGGUAUAAGGUAGGGUAAAGUUUUAAUAUGCAUGAAGAAUAAGGUUGAGAAAUAAUAUUUAAUAUUGUGGUAGUUGAAUAUUUACGCUGUGUGUUGUUGGAAACAAGUUGAUCAUUUAUUUUUUACUGGGAAUUGUCCAGUUGUUUGACUCAGUACGAGUGCAACCAUCGUCUUAUUCACAUUGUUCAUCAAGCUCUUCAUCAACCAACACCUAUACUUUUUUUUUCUUCUUUUAAUAAUUGAAAAAAAUUAUUAAAUAAUAACAUCAUGGCUUCAAAUAUUAAUUGGAUCAUUGCUACACUUACUUUUGCUGUUAUCAUUCAAUCAGGAAUGGCAUUAAGAUGCUGGACAUGUACAUCAGAUAGAUCACCAGAAUGUGGUGAUCCAAUGAACAUAACUGAGCAUCAAAGAAAUUUCCAAACGAGAGAUUGUGAAGCAACUAGCUCUGCUAGCAUGUAUGGCUCUUCUGUUCAAUCAAUUUGCAAAAAAAUGGUUACUCGAGAAAAUGGAAGAACAGUUAUUCGUCGAUCAUGUGAAAUUCCAACUCAAGAAGAAAAAAAUAUUCAGAAUGGACCUUGUCCACCAAAUGCUGCUGUUGGAAGUCAUAUUAUUGUGGAAUCAUGUCACGUUUGUUCCAGUGAUCUCUGCAAUUCAGCUAUUUCUAUCGCUGGAAAUAAAUUUAUCCAAAUGUUCAUUGCCGGUUUAAUUACAUUUCAAAUUUUUGCAAAAAAUAUUUAAUCAACACAUUUUUAUUGUGGAUCAUUUCUUUUCUUUUUUUCUGGUAGAUUAACAAUUAAUUUAAUUAAUUUUUAAUUUAGCUUAGGUCGAGGUAGAUUAAACAAAAAAAAAAAAAAUUCUACAGUUUUAAAUAUUUAACAAGUUAUAUUGGAAUAUAGUUUUUUUUUUUUUUAAUUAAAACAGUCAUAUUGGCGCAAAUAUUGCACCACGUCGUACAAACUUAUUUAAAAAUAAAUAAAAUAAUUCAUAUUUGUCGUAAAUAUUAAGACAAUGUUAAGCAAAUUUUUUAUUUUUUUUUUCGAAUCUUUAUAAACCUCGUCCUCGUAAUAUUUUGUACAUUAUCGAUAAUUAAUUUUAUUAUUAUUUUUUUUUAAAAUCAUUUUAUAAUUAUUUUUCUAAAUUUUUUAAAAUCAAUAUGAAUUUUAUUGACGAUAUAAAGUAACAAACAAAAAAAAAGAUAAUUAAAAUUAUAAAAAAAAAAAAAGUGAAAAUUCUAUCGUGGCUUAUCAGGAAUCCGUCCAAAAUCAAAUGAAAAAAAAAAAAAAGCAUUAUUCGAUAGUCUGUGAAUUUUAAUUCGUAGAUUUUUCUUUUAUUUUUUUUUUUUUAGAUUAUAUUGAUUGUAUUUAUUUUUGUCUAAUGAUAAUAAAUAAAAUUAUGUGUAACAUAUUAAUCGUGUGAAAAAUGUAA